GACUUUUAUCCUUUAGGCCUCUACAGCAAAUAUUCUGCAAGCUUUUUAUAUUACUCAUAUGAAAACUAACAAAAGGUGCCUUGAGUCUUUUCACAAGUCUGAAUGCCUAUUAUUUAUCAAGAAACUAUGGGAGGCGGACACACUAUCAAUGUUUUACCACCCCGUCAGCAAAACUGAAGUACCAAAUUACUAUGAUGUGAUAAAAAAUCCAAUGGAUCUCUCUACCAUAAAAGCGAAUAUCGAGAAGGGUGUGUACAAACAAGACUCCGAUGUGGAGACGGAUGUCGCACUGAUGCUUACAAAUGCCUUAUUGUUUAAUGAAAAAGGUUCGGAGUGGUAUAACUUAGCAAAGGAGCUCCGCAAAAAGUACACUGAAUUUGCAAAGGAGUGUAGUUUGGUAUUUGAUCCGGAUGGAGCUUUUAUCCCUGCCAAAAAAGUUCGUGAUAACGAAACUACGAUACGUAAGGCUGAGCGUAAAUAUAAGGAAGAAUUAAAUGAAGUAAUUAAUGACUUAGAGAGGGAAAAGGAGAUUCCACUGGAAGACUUAAGGAAACUUUAUAAAAGGGAUUCAUCCCACAAAAGCUCUUCAUUGGAGUCUUCUAGAAGUGGAGCUAGCUCUGACAGUAGCGUGAGCAGUUGUAGCGACGACCUCUUAGAUGAAGAGAGUUCUACCAGCGCGAGUUCGGAUACUGAAGAUUCGGCAUCAGAAUGACCCGAAAAAUCAAAUAGAUAAGUAAAAAAUUAUUAAUGAAAUAUCACUGUUAGCUCAACAACAGGAUGCUUUUAUUUUUAAAAAAGAUCAUGUAUUCCCUUAAACCAUUAUUUCUUACCACUUUCAAUGUUAACAGUAUUACUUCGGAAGAGGUGUUCUUAUCUUUUAUGAACAGUAAGGAUUUUUUUACUCUUUUCUCUACUAGUCGAUAUCUUAAUAAAUACUAUUUUAUUGUUCAGAUGCUAAAAUUCCCCUCUAUACGAAAAUGUCUUCCUGUUAUCGAGGCUUUAUGAAGGGUUAUCUUGAUACCUUGUGACCCCAAUUUCUACAUAUACCUGUUUGCCAAUCAGGAGCAACGAUCUGAAUAUUUGGUCUCGAAUUGCUAAUAUCGAUCCAAUUGAUAUUUACAUGCUUUUUAAAAAUUCAUGGGAUACUACUGGCGCGGAACAUUCCGGUAUUGUGUAGAUUUAUGGUGCGAAACCAAAUAGGAGCGCCUCAAUAUUGAUAUAAUCUGGAUCAACGGACUGACAUAACAAUUGAGGUGUAUAUUUUCUAACCAUGCUAAACAUCAUCCGCAUGCCGGUUUGUUUUUAUUCAUAGAGUCCAGGGGAGUGUUAAUCAGAUAAAAUAUCGAAAUACUUCAACAAGUGCAGCGUUAACCAGCCCAAAUUAAGCCUCGAGGAAAAAUGAGUGUAAAAUAGGCUAUUCAAGGCGGUCCUCCAGACUACAAACACUAUAUACUUCUACUUUAUUGAAUAUGGAUUUUUAUUUGAUGGAUUGGUAUAACAUGUUGCUUUCUUUUCAAAGCUGAGAUGUUAUGCAAACUAACGUUUGUUUUUACCUUGACCUUUCUUGGGCUCAUUUCCAUGACACCUGAGAGAAUGUAAAAGGUCCUUUAAAA